UUUCAGCUACCUUUUAGAGUGAAUUGAAUUAUUGAACAAAGCAGCAGCAGCCGCAGCAUUCACCAAAAAUGGAGCAGAAGAAAACAUCUAAACGUCUCCGUUGUAUCGUCAAACUCGGAGGUGCAGCCAUCACGUGUAAAAAUAAAUUGGAGACUAUAGAUGAGGAGAAUCUUAAGGAGGUUUCAUCCCAGAUUCGUCAAGCAUUUGUUCCGGAUUCUACUUCUGCAAAUGUUCUUGGAAUGGAUUGGAGUAAAAGGCCAGGACAGUCUGAAGCUCCAAGUUUCGUUAAUGAUUUCGGUGAUCAACCAGUUGCGGAUUCAGAAAGUUAUAUUGUUGUUCAUGGAGCAGGUUCCUUUGGACACUUUCAAGCUAGCAAGUCAGGGGUUCAUAAGGGUGGACUAAGCCGGCCUCUUGUCAAGGCUGGUUUUGUUGCAACAAGAAUUUCAGUCACAUCCCUCAAUCUUGAAAUCGUGAGAGCCCUAGCAAGAGAGGGUAUUCCUUCCAUCGGAAUGUCUCCAUUCUCAUGUGGUUGGUCAACAUGUCAAAGAAAUAUGACGGAGGCUGACAUUUCCAUGGUCAUUAAAGCUAUUGAUGCUGGUUUUAUACCUGUUCUGCAUGGAGAUGCAGUUCUGGAUACAUUACAGGAGUGCACUAUUCUGAGUGGAGACGUGAUAAUACGUCAUUUAGCAGCUGAACUAAAGCCAGAGUUUGUUGUUUUUCUUACAGAUGUUCUUGGUGUAUAUGAUCGUCCACCAGUAGAACCUGGCGCUGUACUUAUCCGGGAAAUAGCUGUACGUGAAGAUGGAAGCUGGUCGGUAGUGAAACCUAAAUUAGAAGAUACAAGCAAGCCCGUUGAAUUCACGGUAGCUGCACAUGAUACAACUGGUGGGAUGGUAACAAAAAUAACAGAAGCUGCCAUGAUUGCGAAGCUUGGGAUUGAUGUCUACAUAACUAAGGCAGGAACAGACCAUUCAGUGAAAGCCCUUAGUGGAUUCUUGAAGGGUGGCAUACCUGAUGACUGGCUCGGAACAGCCAUUCGUUACAUGAGCUGAGCUAAAUCAUAGAUUGCUCGUGCUGAAUACGAGGGUUCAAAUCAUUUGAAGACAGACAUUCCCAAACAGCAAGUUUUCGUUUUAUAACGUGCAAUCCCUUCCCUUGUGGUCUCUCUAUUCAUCAUUUUCCUUUUCAUUUCUCCGAUUUUCUGA